AUGGUGUUGAAGGCUCCGACGAAGCGAGUCCAAAACUUGAAAGGGCCUGUGAAGUCCUAUGUCGGUCAAUCAAUAAUGGAGCAAGCGAUCAACAAGGCGAUUGGAAACACGAGGCACGGAGGUCAAGUGAAGCAUGUAAGGGGAAAAGUUAAGGGAAAGGGGGAAGUCCUACCGUCGGGACAUGACCCUCCCGCGGUCGCAAAGCAAGACACCCUAGGAAAGGCUCUCAGUCGUGCUGGUUCAGGUGGAAAGCUCUCAGAGGUUAAGGUGGGAGGUGGGAGCAAGCACGCCAAGGGAAAGGAUGGCGAAGGUCAGGAUGGCGUUAAAGGAAGUCUUGGAGGGGGAAGUCUAGGGGGCGGAAAGAAACUACGUUCAAAACGGCUCUCGGCUAGACAAUUAGUCCAAGUGGCGCUACGGCAUGGGAAGUCGCCGGCAGUGGAAGACCUGGGGCGUGGGAAAAAGUCCGCGGCAGAUACAGAGAGCAGCGAAACGGUUACGACUUUCGUAGACUCGGAGGAGUCUUUACCGCCCCCGUCCGAGAUAGCGGACAACCCGGUAGCGCUGGAGCUGUAUGAGAUGUCUCGAAAGUAUGAGGCUCAUGUGAGAAAGAUCAGGGACGAAAAAAGUAUGCUUGAAGAGCAUAAUUACCUACUCCUGUCUCAGCUGAUGACUAAGAAGAAGAUGCAUGAACGUGAAAGAGAACGCGCAGAUGAGUUACGGAACUACAUACUUGACGUCUGCGAGACCUACGAUGAUAUUGAAGGCAGGGUUAACGAUCUUUCUUCAUUAUUCCAAUUGCACCUAGAGUCCCUAGCCGAUUCCGUGGCUAUGGCCUGUGUGUUCGCUUUUCGUGGAGAUCUGGAAUCCCAAGAAUAUUCUCUUCGUGCUCUAGAGCCCGUAAAAAAAUUGGAUCCGAGAUUACACGACCUGUACGACCAAAUAAUAGCUCGACCUCCACCACCGGCCUCAUUUUAUCCUUUCUCUUCCACCAACCGCGAAUGGGUUAAGGGGGAAAGCGCCCCCGUCUACCAGAGGACACACAAGAGGCAAUUAGAGGAGGACGCAGAAGACCAGCUAGAUGGUCGCAAACCCACGUCAUUAAGACCCACGAAAAUGAGAUCGUUCGCUGAUCGUGUCUAUGAGCUCCAACGCUACUCCGUUAAUGAACUACAACCAAUAGGUCCCCGAGGCAUUCGCGCUCAAUGUGGCUUCUUGAAUAUCAGGGACACAGGGAAAAUCCUCUCGACCCGAAUUAAGAUGGUGGGCGAUGACCAACCCGAUGAGGAAGACUUUGAGAUAAAACCAGCUCCUGUUUCCGACGCUGCUGAUGAUUCUGCUCAGAAGGAGGAAGUAGAAGACGGAAAAACCAAGCCGAAGGAAGGAGAAGUGAAGGAAGGAGAAGUGAAGGAGGGAGAGGCCAAGGAAGGAGAGGCCAAGGAAGGAGAGGCGAAGGAAGGAGAAGCCAAGGAAGGAGAAGCCAAGGAGGGAGAGGCGAAGGAAGGGGAGGCGAAGGAAGGAGAAGCCAAGGAAGGAGAAACCAAGGAAGGAGAAGCCAAAGAAGGAGAGGCCAAGGAAGGAGAAGCCAAGGAAGGAGGGACGGCGCGGAGGUCAAGUAAAAGGAUUAACAUUCGGCAUGUAACGCACGAGGAGGAAUUGAUAACCAAUCAUGCCGUUUGGCAGGCGGCUCCGAAUGGCGAAUUUCACCGAGGUCCCGUGCUGAUGUUGCGUCGCAUCCCAGAGCAGACGAAGGAGCAGAAGUUGCGUUCAGUUGCUCCUAGUUUGGUUUUCCAUUUGACUAUGGCAGCGGACCGCAAGGCUUUUGACAGUGACGAAAGGAGUGAUGCUUCAGCUAUCAAGGGUGUGGUGACUGUGCCUUUGGUGCAUGCGAGUGCCAGAACAGGUAUCACUGGGGUGUGGCCGGUGUUUGACAGUGCGUCAAGGAAGCAGUUGGGCACAAUCAUGAUUAGAUUGACUCCGUUUGGCGAUUUGGAUUACUUGCCCGCAGAUUUGCGUCAGCACCGUGACAUGGGAACGGUUAAUGAGAAGGUGACUCCUGCGGAGGUGACCAUGGCUGAGAUUCAGGAUGACCUGAUGGCUCAAAUGGGUAUAGGUCCUUUACACGAGAAGAACUAUUACAAUUUAGAUUAUAUGGAGGACGUCUACGACUUGGUUUCAGCCAAUAUUGACAAAAUGGACCCGGAGUCUCUGAGGCAACUGGUACAACAGUAUCUGGCGGAGGAGUAUGUGCCAAGAAGGCGGCAUCAGCUUAACCUAUCCGGUGAUGAACUAGCUAACAUACCGGCUUUGUAUUCGGCCAAGGUUGUCCAGGAUGAACUAUCAAAACGACAACGUCAAUUAGUAGACGUCGUCCAGGGACCAGACCAAUGGUGGGGUUAUAAUACCAAGCGGCUAGUGGACAUGCUUCAGGACGUCAGUGAACUUUAUUAUUAUCAAGUACAAGAACAACCUUGGUCUGAAGCAUUUCGACCAAUUUUGUCCAAGUUCAAAAACAAGAUCAGCUUUGAUCAGAGGGAUAUAGAUGAUGAAAACUUCAUCAUUCCGCUCGUGCAACAAUGCGUAUGUGGAGAACCCAAUACAGAACAGUUUCGCAUAACCAUACCCGUUCUGGACACCUUUCGCUACUUUGAUAUCCAAGUUCCCAAAGAGAAGACCAACAAGGUAGUAACAGUCAACCUGAAGGUGGAAGCCGUACGAUGUAACGUCCAAGUUGACCUUCACAACUCGGUUGCAUAUCUCACUGAAGGCUUCGACUCCAGCACAAAGGAUUGGAAGAAUCAGUUGAAACCGGAAACGAAAAAAGCUCAGAAAGAAUCUGCAACUAAGGUUGAAGUGAAGGCUGUGGAAAAAGGAAAAGAGGAAAAGACGAGGGGCGGCGGACGGAACAAGCUAGCUAACCGCUUUCAGGAAUUUGCAAAGACAGAUCAACAGAAAAAGGACGCGGAGGGCGGAGUCAAGGGCGGAGCUAAGGGUGGACCGAAGGAUGAGGAAGCGGGGAAGAAACUCCAGGUCAAGAAGGAUGAGGCGCAGGAGAGGGUGGUGGAUAAAAGCAAAGGAUCAUUGGACUAUGAAGAGGUCAUUGGCAUCGCCAUCGGUUGCUUGGACUACGCUGAGCUGAAGCCCAUGGUGGGGCCGGAGAUCAUUUUUACGGGGGCAGGCAAACCGAAAGCGCGUGUUGAGCAAAAGCGGGAUCCCGAUACGAAUGACAGGCUGUUGUUCAACGGCGAAGGGAUCGCAACUGACACUAUCAAGGAGUGGGAAGCGAUUGAGCGGGAGCCGGGUGACUGGCCCCCGUUGGACGUACCCAAAAUCGUAAUUAACACCACUGGAGAAGUCGGGUAUCCGGAUGAGAUUUACGAGGCGGCAUAUCUCAAUCCGUUUUUCGAGGUCCCUGAUGACUACUUUCUCCACAUGAAGCGCCGUUCGGAUGAUGUGGUUAGAGCACGACGCCAGCAGACCGCAGUGGAGGCCGCGGCCAAGGCCGCAGCGGCUAAGGAAGCGAAGCAUCGCCACGAAGAAAAAAAGACCAAGAAGACCACGCCGGACGGUGAAAUCGUUGAAGAGACGGAGAUCAGCUCCUCAGAGUACACUAGUUCCUCUUACACCGGAAGCUCCUCAUCAUACACGUCGGAGAGCGAGUCGUCGGGUUCCUAUACCUCUAGCUCCUACACAUCUUCCAGCUACGACAGCAGCUCCUACAGCUCCAGCUCUUACACUUCAAGUAGCUAUGAUAGCAGCAGCAGCUACACGUCUACCAGUGGCAGCGUUGACAGCUACAGCAGUGGAUCCAGCUACACGUCCUCUGCAGGCUAUACUUCCGGGGAAACGAGCGUGCUUGAACCAAGUCCUAGACUGAAGCCACCUCCGCCUAGCCGGAGAGGACCUCCCAAGAAGCGGCCUCCAACUCCUCUGCCCACCAUCCUGGAGGAGGAAGCAAUGGAAGAGGAGGAGCCCAUUCCUGAUGAAGAGAUGGAACUCGGGCGCUGGCCGUCAGAAGAGAUUCCUUUAGCUGCAUGGCCCUCGGAAGAACUACCUCUCGCGGAAUGGCCAGACGAGCAGGAGGAGGAGGAGGUACAAGAAGAAGUCUCAGAGGCGCCAUGGAUAGACUUCCCGGAGUCGGAGGAAAGUAUUACUGAAGAAGUUCAAGAGAGAUUCUCAUGGUCUGGAGAAUCGAUUGAAGAAGCUCCGGAGGUUGUCGAAGAAGAGGAAAUUGUGGAGGAAGAAGAGCCGCUUGAAGAAAUUGUGGAGGAAGAAGAGCCGCUUGAAGAAAUUGUGGAGGAAGAAGAGCCGCUUGAAGAAAUUGUGGAGGAAGAAGAGCCGCUUGAAGAAAUUGUGGAAGAACAAGAGUCGCUUGAAGAACUUGUGGAAGAACUCGAGGAGGAACCGCUAGACGAAUUCCUGGAAGAGCCCCUGGAGGAUCUUUUUGACGAGAAGAUUCAAGAGGACCUGGAAGACUUUUUGGAAGACGAGGAAGUUGUCUUGAAAUCACCGGUGGAAGAGCUGAUAGAAGAGAUCGAUAGUAGUGUUGAAUCCAUUCUAGAGGAAGAGAUCCCUGUAAUUGUGCUUCAUAGGCCAGAAGAAGAGGAAGCGGAGGAAGAAAUUUUGGAGCCAACGAUUAUCGAAGAAGAGGAAAUUGAUGAAGUGGAGCCUGAGGAGAUUGAAGUCGAAGAAGUUCCGGAAGAAGAAAAAGUGGAACUCGAGAUAGAAGAACCUCCUGAAGAAGUUCUGGAUGAAAUGGAGGAAACAGUUUCAGAAGUAUUCGAUGAGGCGCUUCCUGAAGUAGUGGAGGAAGAGAUCAUGGUUGAGGAACCGGUCUAUGAUAUUCUGGAAGAACAAGCAGAUGAGGUAGUAGAAGUGGAUCGAGUUGAGGAACUCCCGGAGGUGCGAGAGGAAGAACAACUGCCUGUUGAAGAAAUCGAGGAGCAGGAAGUUGAAGACGAACUCGUUCUGCCUUUGACCAGAGAGAUGAGCAUAUUGGAGGAGAAACGGGAAGACAUUGUGGAGCGAAUGCCGACAAUGGUCGAAGAACUAUCAGUCGAAGAGUUGCCCGAAGCAAUUGAGGAAAUACCAGCACCGAUUGAGGAGUUACCAGAGGUGGUCGAAGAGCUGCCGGAGGUAAUCGGAGAGCUGCCGGAGGUGAUUGAAGAGUUACCGGAGGUCGUCGAAGAGUUGCCUGCGAUCAUCGAAGAGUUGCCAGCGAUCGUCGAAGAGUUGCCAGAAGUGAUUGAGGAGUUGCCGGAGGUGAUUGAGGAGUUGCCAGAGGUGAUUGAAGAGUUACCAGAGGUGAUUGAAGAGCUACCAGAGGUAGUUGAAGAGCUACCAGAGGUAGUUGAAGAGCUACCGGAGGUGAUUGAGGAGUUACCCGAAGUAGUCGAGGAAUUACCAGAGGUAGUUGAACAGUUGCCGGAGGUGAUUGAGGAGUUGCCAGAGGUGAUGGAGGAGUUGCCAGAGGUGAUUGAGGAGCUACCAGAGGUAGUUGAAGAGCUACCGGAGGUGAUUGAGGAGCUACCCGAAGUUGUCGAGGAAUUACCAGAGGUAGUUGAGGAGUUACCGGAGGUGAUUGAGGAGUUGCCGGAAGCAGUCGAGGAGCUACCAGAGGUAGUUGAAGAGCUGCCAGAUGUGAUUGAAGGGUUGCCAGAGAUGGUUGAGGAGUUGCCAGAGGUAAUCGAAGAAUUGCCAGAGAUGGUUGAGGAGUUGCCAGAGAGGUGCCUGAGUUUGUCUCCGCCGAGUCCCUGCAAGAGGAGGCGCGGCUAA